AAAGUCAAAGGGCUUUCAAAUCCCAACUCGACUUAAGGGCAUUAUUGGCUAACUGAACAAUCUAUGGACCAUUACCAACUUCCCACGUGGAAAACUGAAAAAACAGACAGGAAACAGAUCGGCAGUUGCUGACCGCCCGGGGUUUUGGUUUGGGGGAAGGUCGGCUUCUCCCUUUUCUUUCUGACAUUCUAACCCCUGAAAGUGCGAAUACCCUCCAUUUUUAUAUUGUUUUACAGCUUAUUUUUGCCCUUUAUCUUUCCUUGAUUUCCCUCUCCUGUCUCCUUCCCAAAGCUCCGGCUUUAUUUAUACCAAGCCUCCAAAAGGAUCUGGGGUUUCAAUUGUUUGAUAGGGUUUGGUUUGUAUUUCAAACAUGUUGGUGCAGAUAAGUUUAGGAUUUUUGUUGGCUUUGGUACAUAAAGAUGCCCGGACUUAUUAUGGAUGAAAUUAAAGAAGAGGCAAUGAUGAAUGAAGUGAAUGGGACCUCUUCACAUACUAAGGAAAAUUCAGUUUUGAAUAAGUCCCCUAGUAGUACGCCGAGUCCAAGAAGCCCUCAUAGUGCAGAUCACCCCAUUAAGGGGAUGGUGCAGGUUGACACCUCAAUUGAGCAGCUUUAUGAGAAUGUGUGUGAUAUGCAAAGUUCUGAUCAGUCACCCUCAAGGCAGAGCUUUGGAUCAUAUGGUGAGGAGUCUAGGAUCGAUUCAGAAUUGCGCCAUCUUAUUGGAGGAGAGAUGAGGGAAGUUGAGAUAAUGCAAGUGGAGGUGGAUAAACCAGAAGACGAUAGUCAUAGUAAUUCCUCUUCUAAGAAGGGAAGCUCAUCUAGUGGUAAGAAGUCAGGGCAGCUGGACAAGACCAAAUCUGCAAGUGUAAAAUCUAUUUCUUUAGGUCAUGUGAAGAUAGCGUCACAGUCACAAUUGGACUCUGAAGCAUCAAAAAAACCAAGUCUUAAGGGAAAAAGUCCACCUGAGAAGCCUCCCAUUGAUAAGCGUAAGAAUAAGACCCUAAAGAAAUCAAACACAGGAGUCUUAUCCAUGAAGAAAGGGAAAGGGUCAAAGUUACGAAAUGGAACUGAGGAUGCUUCUGAGUCAGGGUCAGGUAAUCCUGAUCUUGGACCAUUUUUACUCAAGCAAGCUAGGGAUAUGGUUUCCUCUGGAGACAAUCCCCAGAAAGCUCUUGAAUUAGCACUUCGAGCAGCAAAAUCAUAUGAAAUUUGUGCCAAUGGGAAACCCAGUUUAGAACUGGUUAUGUGUUUGCAUGUUACUGCAGCAAUAUAUUGCAGCCUAAGCCAUUACAGUGAGGCAAUUCCUCUUCUUGAGCAAUCAAUUGAGAUUCCAUUGAUUGAGGAAGGCCAAGAGCAUGCCCUGGCUAAAUUUGCCGGUCAUAUGCAGUUGGGUGACACUUAUGCAAUGCUAGGACAGCUUGAAAACUCAAUAACUUGUUACAGCACUGGUUUUGAAGUCCAGAAACAAGUUCUUGGAGAAACAGAUCCUAGAGUUGGUGAGACCUGCAGGUAUCUGGCUGAAGCUCAUGUGCAGGCAUUGCAAUUUGAUGAAGCUCAAAGGCUAUGCCAGAUGGCUCUUGAUAUUCACAAAGAGAAUGGUUCACCGGCUUCUCUUGAAGAGGCAGCAGAUAGGAGGCUUAUGGGUCUCAUAUGUGAAACAAAGGGAGACCAUGAAGCUGCUUUAGAGCAUCUUGUUUUAGCCAGUAUGGCCAUGGUGGCAAAUGGCCAGGAGGCAGAGGUGGCUUCUGUUGAUUGCAGCAUUGGAGACACAUACUUAUCUUUGUCUCGAUAUGAUGAAGCUGUUUUUGCCUAUCAGAAAGCACUCACAGCUUUUAAAACAACCAAAGGCGAUAAUCAUCCAGCUAUUGGGUCAGUCUUUGUCCGGCUGGCUGAUUUAUAUAACAGGACAGGGAAAUUAAAGGAAUCAAAAUCAUACUGUGAGAAUGCCCUUCGAAUCUAUGAAAAGCCCAUGACAGGGAUCCCCCCAGAGGAGAUUGCAGGUGGUCUCACAGAUGUUUCUGCUAUCUAUGAAUCAAUGGACGACCUUGAUCAGGCAAUCAAAUUGCUACAAAAAGCCUUAAAAAUAUACAAUGAUGCCCCUGGUCAACAAAGCACAAUAGCUGGAAUUGAAGCCCAGAUGGGAGUAAUGUAUUACAUGUUGGGGAAUUAUUCAGAAUCUUACAAUUCCUUAAAAAGUGCCAUUUCAAAGCUACGUGGAUGUGGAGAGAGGAAAUCUGCCUUCUUUGGCAUUGCCCUCAAUCAAAUGGGGCUAGCUUGUGUGCAAAGCUAUGCUAUAAAUGAGGCUGUUGAGUUGUUUGAAGAAGCCAAGAGCAUUUUGGAGCAAGAGUGUGGACCAUACCACCCUGAUACACUCGGGGUAUAUAGUAAUCUUGCCGGCACUUAUGAUGCAAUUGGCAGGUUGGAUGAUGCCAUUGAAAUACUGGAGUAUGUUGUUCAGAUGAGAGAGGAAAAACUUGGGACAGCAAAUCCUGAGGUUUAUGAUGAGAAGAAAAGGUUAGCUGAAUUAUUAAAAGAAGCAGGAAGAGUUCGGAGCAGAAAAGCCAGAUCAUUAGAAACCCUUCUUGAUGCCAAUCCUCAUAAUUUAAAAGGAGAGGGAAUUAAGGUGUGAUAAGGAUGAAUUUAUGUAUUUAUGAAUGAAGAUGAUGUAUUAUAGGAUCCUUUAAAAUAAGAAAGAACGAGAGAAAAGGAAGAAAAGAUUGGUUUUUAUUAUAAGAUUCUUGGCAUGGGGAUGGGUAUAAUGGGUGGUAUGGUCGGAUGAAAUAACUGUCUGGUGGGGUUUUGGAUGUAUUAUUUAUUGUAAUUCUAAAUUGAUUAAGGGUUGCUUUUAAAUUAAUUUCUCAUGAGUUGUGAUAUUAUUUACAUGAAAACUGGCGAAGGAAGUAUGAAUCUGCUUAGAGAGGUGGUAUAAGUAAAGAUUCUUUGAUCAGAUGUCUGAAAUGAGCUGUUGUAAUAAGAACAAACAAAAUCCUAUGAUCCAUCUUUUUUUAUUCAAUUUCAUUGGUUGCUAAUCCUGUUAUAAAUUUUGUAAAGAUUAGGGCCUCUGGUGCAGGUUUGUGUUUCAUGUUUGUUAAUGCAGUUUUCUACUUUCUACUUGGGCAAAGGCUAUCAUCAAUUCAUGUCUGUUUCGCCAAUGACUAAUAACGUUAAACUAGUGGGCAUUUUCCAUUUAUACGAAGUGCUAGUACUUUUCUGAAUUUGAACCUCGUAAACGCAUCAAAUUAUGUGAUGAAGCCAGGAUUGGUUGUUUACCUA